AUGAUUACUGUGGCCGCCGUCGUCGUGGUAGUAGCGUUGUUGCUACUCGCAGUUCUGAUCAAAUGGAAAUGGACCGGUGCUAUUUACAAGACUGAGGAGUGUCCCCCAUUCACGCCUGUGCAACUGGUACAUCGGCUGUGUCCCCACAACAACGUGGUGCAGAGCUUCGAGGUGGAACAGAAGGACAGCCUUGACGAACAUCUGGAUGUUCUCACCAGGAAACUAGCCGAGAAGGAAGGUCGAUUGCGCAUCUCAAAGUCCAAGAUCCGGGAGACGCAGCACGAGAUUGACAACUUGCACGCCAUCGACCAGGAUGUGAGAGUCAAGUACAGGGAGAUCAUGGAGUCUUUACGAUCGGACCUUCAAACCAACGAGAGUGACUGUAAGAAGUUGCAGGAGCAGAUCGAGUGGGUCUCCAGGCGGCGCGCUGAACUGAGGGACGAGGUUCGUAUAGGGCAAAUGCGGUACGGCGAGGCGGCCGCAGAAUUGGCAAGCAAUCUGUCGGAGUUACAACGUGGUAGAAUGCCUGACAGAGUGAUAGAUAAGCCACAGAACCAACAUUCUCAUGUGUGCUUGAGACACAGGAAGGAGCCCCACCUACCCACGGCGUCCUCGGUCAAAUCCCUGGUCAUUAAAUCCCCGCCAAUGUCGGAUGAAGCUGUCCUGUCGAAUAUACAUCCAGCGUUUAAGUGA